AAUAAGCUAAAAGUUAAGCGAAUAUCGUACAGCUACGUGUACUGAUUUUGUUCUCCACUUCCAAUGUUUCCCCUCAUUUUACUAAUUUUUACAUCGGCACACUGCUCUAGGGUGCGUUUAAUUCAGUGAGCUCCUAAGCGGGGUCUGUGCGGUGCAGACAGCAUCAUCUUUGUACAGACCGGUAUUUUCUUAUUUCUCACUUUACUAAAGUCAGAAUGUUGUGCAAUCUAAAUAAGUAUUCGGAAAUUGUACUGCGCAGAUACAAUGGCCGAGUUCAAUUUAAAAAAAAUGCAAACUAGCUCCGUGCUGGCGGAGUGUCCCGUUACACAAUAUGCAGGACUCCGUGGCUAACAUGUAGCCACUAGCUACAACGAGUCCAUCGCUGCACAGCUGAAAGUCAGCGUCAUCGCCACUCCUCCCAAUAGGAAGGGCGCAUCCCGGAUAGCUAGCUGGCUAGCUGUACUCCGCACAACGAUGGCAGUUAAUCUCAGCAAAAAUGGCCCCGCAUUAACAUCUGCAUUCAAAGAAGUGGUAGAUGAAAAAUCCAACACCAACUGGGCCUUGUUCACCUACGAGGGAAACAGUAAUGAUAUCCGCCUGGCAGAAAAGGGAGAUGGAGGACUGGAGGAGUUGGUUGAAGAGUUGAACAGUGGAAAAGUGAUGUAUGCUUUCUGCCGGGUCCAGGAUCCAAAUUCUGGCCUGCCUAAAUAUGUCCUCAUCAACUGGACUGGAGAAGGAGUGAAAGACGCCAGGAAAGGAUUAUGUGCAAACCAUGUCAGCUCCAUGGCCAAUUUUCUUAGGGGGGCCCAUAUCACAAUAAACGCCAGAGCAGAAGAGGACGUGGAGCCCGAGGUGAUCAUGCAAAAAGUGGGCAACGCCUCCGGAGCCAACUUCAGCUUCCACAAAGAAUCUUCCAGCCGCUUCCAGGACAGCGGUCCUCAGGGUCCAGUGGGCUCAGUGUACCAGAAGACCAACGCCAUGUCCGAAAUCAAAAAGACCAACAAGGGCAACUUCUGGGCUCAAGCAGAGAAAGAAGAGGAGAAACGUCGCCUGGAGGAGCGGCGCAAGGAGGACGAACAGCGCCAGCACCUGGACAAGGAGACGAAAGACAGAGAGGCCAAGGAGACAGUGCAGAGGGACCAAAGGGACAAGGAGAGGGCCACUAUAAUCGACCAACAAAAGAAGUACCAGCAGCAGCAGGACCCUGAGAGCAAAGACCAGGAGAAACGCUCGGAGGAGGAGGAGGAGAACCAGGCGGCCCAGAAGAAAGCAAUCAAGAGAGGUGAAUCUGUGGAGAAGGCCAAUGAGGCGGCUUCUCUCAUCUCUCAGCGUGCUAUGAACCCCAGAGAGAUGUUCAAGCAGAGAGAGAGGGGAAUAACUCCCAGUGACUCAGACGUUCCCUCUGCUGCCCCUGCCAGUCCCCAGCCAGGGCGUCUGCAAAGCCCUUUUCUGUCUAAGCCAGUGUAUGAAAGUGAGCGAGCCAGUUCACCUCAGCGCCAAGCUUCUCCUGUGCCAGCAGGCUCCGCCUCUCCUGUCCGCGCCACAGAGCCUGAUGUGGAUGAUGGACAGUCCAGGUGUGAGUAUGAUGAGCAGGAGGUGACCCCCCAGGAGCAAUGUGAAGAGAAGACACUGGCUGCCAACUCCUACGUCCAAGAGACGCCUUGUGAAGAGCCUGCUCAGGUGGAGGAGAGCAACUCAUAUGAGGUGACUGCUGAGGUGACUGCUGAGGAGACACCAGACAGAGGCACCUGUGCCAGAGCCUUGUAUGACUACCAGGCUGCUGAUGACACGGAGGUCUCAUUCGAUCCCGACGACAUCAUCACCGGGAUCGAGAUGAUAGACGAGGGCUGGUGGCGCGGCUACAGCCCAAAUGGCCAUUUUGGAAUGUUCCCAGCCAAUUACGUGGAGCUUAUGUAGCCCAGCCCCCCCACACCCCCAACCCCCACCCACACCCAUACCCCCAUAUUAUCACACUGGCAGCCCCAGAGGACAUCUGCAGUAAAACGACACACAGUCGGUCCUCACAAACAAGUGAGCUGCGAUCCUCCACAUCAUGGACGGAUGGUAAUGGUGGGCCAGAAGCUUUUGAAAUCUCGUCUUUUUUUGAAGGCAAUUCUAUUAAAUUGUUGAUGUUGUGAGCAACUGAUAUCAUAGUUUAGGGAAUUGUGAAGACCCAAAGUCGGACCAAUGCUCCCACUUCCCCCCCAAAUGACAUCUCUUUUCCUAUAAAUGUGAUGCAGUACAAAAUCAGCCUUUGUUUAGUCUUUACUUCAGUAGUAACAACACUUCUCGUUCACAUUCCUUACAAAGUGACUUCAGUUCUAUUUCAGGUAUAAUUUAGUUGUAAAUGUUCCUGUACGUUUCAGGAAAGAAAAAUAAAAAAUCAAAGAUGGCGGUACAAGCUACAGUAUAAUCCUUUGCCUUGUUUUUGCCUUUCUUUACUGGCAGACUGAACUUUCCUUUUUUUAUGUGUUUGAACCAUGUUUUAGUACCUAUUUAAAACAAACCAGAUUAUGUUUGCUGUGCUCUGGGUGGAUUUAGUGGGGAAUGCAUAAAACGGUUCAGUUCCCUUUAACUGACUUUUUAUGGUUUUCAUUCAUUCGCCAUCUGAACCAGAUUAUUUCAACAUAUUUAACAUUUCAAGGACAAGCUAACGAGAAGAAAACAAAGUCAGCAUUAUUUUCCUUUGUGUGGAUCUCGCUGGUCUGAGGUUGAAUUUGAGUGCAUUACAGAUCUCUAAGUCAUUUGUGCUGUUGCGGUGCCAUUAUGACGGGAAGUGAAUGCAGUGACAUUUUAAAUGAGAAUUUCCAUGUUCACUGUUUAUAUCAUGGAACAAAAUUCUUGCUCUUUUAAGCUUUGAGGUCAGUCCAUAAAAGGAAAAAUGAAUUAUAUUGAGUAGAAAAGGGCAUCAUGUAUCCAUUGCAUUAUUGUUAUUUUUUUCCAGAGUCUAUUGUAAUGCACAGACAUUCUUCAUAAUAAAAUAAAUAACCAAA